AUGAAGUGUAAAUGUAAUGACAUUCGGUGUGGUUGUAAAGAUGAUUGCAACAAAGACGGGUAUGGCAAGUGUAAAGGUAUAAAAAACCAAAGUUGCCAGCGUUGCCAGAGAAGAUGCAAACCUGAAGGUCCAUGUAUAUGUUAUUUUUGUAAUUGCGGAACACACUGCAACGGCGUUAUUUGUAGCUGCUGUAAGUGGUGUGAUCCGAGGAAUUGUUCUGGAGAAGAGUGCAACGGCUACGUAAUAGGCAGGUGCCCAGAUGGCAUAGAAUGCCGAGGUCACGUCAAAUACGACAUAUACGACAAAGACAACAACUACGGUGCUUUAUUGGAUCGCAAUGAUAAAAAUAGAAUCGAGUGCGAUGGAAAACCCCACCCAGGCAAGAAAUGUACUGAGAGCAACUGCAACUGGCUUAGUGGAGUACGAGACAUUAAUGGUAAUUGCGUCAUUAAAUGCACCUACUGCGGCAAACUAUGCGGCCAAGAUAACUUUAGACGCUGCUGCACCAUAGCUAUUCCCUUGGUUAUCAUUGUCUUAGCAUUCCUUAUUUUUAGGUUCAUGCUUCCCGAGAAGUUCCACGCGAUUACGACUAAAAUACGUGCAGCAUUUCCCAGUUCUCCUAGGUAUCCCGGAAGAUCCCUGAGUAAUCUCUCCGGUGGCAGAAUUCCCGAGGAGAUGAGCGUUGACCGCUACCCCGCCGUACGUCCAAGGGCAUACGCUGGCUUGUCGUAG